GGAGUUUUGACGACACGGGAAACGCUGCGAGGAACGACCCUAAUCAUGUACAGGCGAGCUGCCUUAGAGCUUUCUCGCCGCGAGGGUGUUGAUUGGUCUUGCGCAAUCGUCCGCAGAAAUGCUACUUUUACUCCAGUGUUGAAUCCUGUGCCCCGGCGGCAUUUUCGAGCCUUCCCCGCAAAUGCUGACUCUUCGGAGUCAUCGAAUGGCUUCGGCACGGGUCCGAAAUUCACCGCGCCUCGUUGGGGCAGUAAGGCAACGCGAUCGAUAGGCCUGAGCCCGGCGGAGCAAGCGGUGCGAGAUGCUAUGGUAGCAAAACAACAGGAGAAAUUACGAGAAGAACAAGCAAAGCAAGAGGCUAUAAGAGCGAAAGAACGAGCAGAGCAGACACGGCGAGAUGCUAUAAUCGCGAAACAGAAAGCGAAGGAAGAGGAAGAGCAGGCACGGCGAGAUGCUAUAAUCGCCAAACAGAAAGCGAAGCGAAAGGAAGAGCAGGCACGGCGAGAUGCUGUAAUCGCCGAGCAGAAGGCAAAACGACAGGAAGAGGGGGCACAGCGGUUGGCCUCGCGAGCGGAGCAAGAAGGGAAUCGACAGAAAGAAUUAGCAUGGCGAGGGUCCCUACGGGCGGCGCAAGAGACGGGACGAGGAACUAAUGGGAGCCCUCAAGACGCCCAUGCCUCAGAGACUUCAAGCACUACCGCGGAGAACACUCUCUCAGAAUCCUCGAAUAUCACCGGAACAAGCUCUCCCGCCGAUACUACCAGCAGCGGAUCCCGUGUUAAAUUCGCUUCCCGCUGGGGAGCCAAGGCAUCCAAAACGAUAGGCCUGAGUCCAGCAGAGCAGGCAUUGCGAGAUGCUUUGGUAGCUAAACAGCAGGCUCAACAGAGUCAUCCAGAAACCACGCCCUCAGAGACUCCGACUACUAGUAGUACCGAUGCCGUCGGCUCCGAAUCCUCAGACAAUCCUGGACCAGGCUCUCCCGCUACCGCCACCGGCCGUGAACAUCUUGGCGAAUCUACAACUCGCUCGGUGGCUCAAGCAACGAGACCGCAGGGCCCGAGCGCAGCAGAGCAGGCAACUCGAGAUGCUUUAGUAGCCAAACAACAGGCGCAGUCGAGCCCUGCGAACACUAUCUCCGAAUCAUCGGAAGGGCACGGAACGGGCCGGAAAUUCACCGCUCCUCGUUGGGGAGGUAAGGCAACGCAGUCGAUCGGCCUGAGCGCGGCAGAGAAGGCAAUGCGAGAUGCUUUAGUAGCCAAACAACAGGCGCAGCGAAGCCCUGCGAACACGAUCUCCGAAUCGUCGGAAGGUGAAGGGAUGGGUCGGGAAUUCGCCGCUCCUCGUUGGGGAGGUAAGGCAACGCAAUCGACCGGCCUGAGCACGGCAGAGAAGGCAACACGAGACUCCAUGCUAGCGGAUGAACAAACACAGCAUCAUCAUAAUCGUCAUCACCAUCACCACCAUCAUCAUCAUCAUCAAAGAGUACCGGCACAGCCAUGGCGCAAUACCAGGCCUGAUCUCCCCAAGCCGCGCGGAGUCAUCACAGAAUUUAUUCCUCUCCACCUUCGGAGGAAGGAUUGGACGUGCCCAUCCUGCGGUCACGCUUGCUGGGGAAGAAAUAGUGCUUGCAUUCGCUGCGGGACAAUCAGACCCGAGUUAUUGGAGGAACAGACAAACCCACACUUGACGAUCAAAAAACACGCCAAUGAAGCUGGUACCUGGUCAUCAAGGUCGGGUACAAGGCAAGAGGCUUUGGACGAAUAUCGUACGAGAUUCGAGGAGGAGCAAAGGCGGCAGGGAGUGGAAAGGGAAUGGGACGAUCAGGGGCCCGAUGGGGAGGGCCAGCCUCAAAAAUCCGUCAAUGAUUGGUCAUGGGACACGUCUGUUCUGCGGAAGCUUGAGGUGGGCGAGGGAGAGAAAUCAGCCACAUAUGAUAAGUGGUCAAAGCGAGGUCGCAAGCAGCGAUUGGACGAUGAUGAGGAAUUUGACACCGAGGAAUACAAACGCCGUCGCCAAGAGAAGAAGCGUUUGAAGAGGGAUAAGAAUCGCGAAAAAGAGGUGGAAGCCGCUCCCAGCCCGUUAUAUCUUCCUGAGUUCAUCAGCGUUAGUAAUCUUGCAGAUGUCAUCGGUGUGCGGCACGCGGCUUUUCUUCAGCGAAUGGAAGAGAUGGGAUUCGAGGAAGUCACUCAUAGCCAUGUUCUGGACGCAGAAACCGCCGGGCUCAUCGCCGCCGAAUACAAUUACGAGCCUAUCUUCGACACAGGUGAGGACGAGCUGACUGCCGCGCCUGAGCCAGAAGAUAAGUCAAAUCUGCCACCGCGGCCUCCCGUGGUGACCAUCAUGGGCCACGUCGAUCACGGCAAGACCACCAUUCUUGACUGGCUUCGUAAGUCGUCGAUUGUGGCAUCGGAGCACGGAGGCAUCACUCAACACAUCGGAGCGUUCUCCGUUUCCAUGCCCUCAGGCAAAACCAUCACUUUUCUCGACACACCAGGCCACGCAGCCUUCCUGGACAUGCGCCGCCGUGGUGCGGACGUAACCGACAUCGUCGUGCUGGUGGUAGCUGCGGAUGACAGUGUCAAGCCCCAAACCAUUGAAGCUAUCAAGCAUGCCACCGAAGCCAAUGUCCCGAUCAUUGUGGCCAUGAGCAAGAUGGACAAGGAGGGUGUCAACCCUGACAAGGUAAAGCAAGAUCUUUCCGUGCACGGGGUUCAUGUUGAGGACUACGGCGGUGACGUCCAGGCCAUCGGUGUGAGUGGUAAGACUGGAGCUGGCAUGCUGGAGCUUGAGGAGGCUAUUGUCACUCUUUCCGAAAUCCUCGACCACCGCGCAGACCCCACUGGCAAUGUCGAGGGAUGGGUCGUCGAGGGCACGACCAAGAGCUACGGGCGCGUGGCUACCAUGCUGAUUCGGCGCGGCACCUUACGGCCCGGAGAUAUCGUCGUGGCUGGCACAACUUGGGCGCGCGUGCGGACCCUCCGGAACGAAGCCAGUGCUUCCAUUGACCAAGCGACUCCCGGUAUGCCGGUGGAGGUUGACGGUUGGAGAGAGCAGCCCGAGGCUGGCACGGAGUUCCUGCAGGCCAAGAACGAGCAGCAGGCCAAGUCUGUUGUCGAAUACCGACUCGAGAGAGCCGAAACAUCCAAGCUGGGUGUAGACACGGUUGCGAUCAACGAGGCUCGCCGCGAGAUGAUGGAAAAGCGCCGCCAAGAGGAGGCCGGCCUCGAGUCUUCCACCGAGGGCGAGUCCGGACCCAAGCCCGUCCACUUCAUCAUUAAGGCCGAUGUGCACGGCUCAGCGGAGGCGGUCCUGAACUCGGUCACGGCUGUCGGCAACAACGAGGUGUAUGCCAACGUCCUGCGUGCCGAGGUGGGCCCCGUGAGUGAGUUCGACAUCGAGCACGCUGCGUCGGCCAACGGCCAUGUCAUCUCGUUUAACAUGCCCAUCGACCCGCGGAUGUCGCAGAUGGCCGAAGCGCGCGGCGUCACGAUCAAGGACCACAACGUGAUCUACCGCCUCAUCGACGACGUCAAGAGCACCCUGAGCGAACACCUGCCGCCUCUGGUGACACAGCGCGUGACGGGCGAAGCGGAGAUCCGUCAGAUCUUCGAGAUCAAGCUGAAGGGCCGCGAGCGGACGUACAUUGCGGGGUGUCGAGUGCGCAACGGACUCAUCAACCGAACGAGGAAGGUGCGAGUCUUGCGCGGUCAGGAGACGAUCUACGAUGGUUCCAUAUCCUCUCUCAAGAACGUCAAGAAGGACGUCACGGAAAUGCGCAAAGACACCGAGUGCGGUAUCGCCUUCGAGGGCUGGACCGACUUCCAGGAGGGCGACCACGUGCAAUGCUACGAGGAGCUCUUCGAGAAGCGCUACCUGUAGUGGCCACUUGUUUGUCCUUUCUUGAGCGAUCUAGCCAUGCUUUUUCUUGUUCUUGUUCUUCACAGUGGCUAGCUGUAUUUUUAGACCAACCGGGGCUGGUGCCCCUCUACACUCACACUCGCACACUAUCACGGAUCUUCUGCCUUGGGUAUGUACACUUACACACACACACACACAAAAGCAUGACGCGGGAUUCAUAAGUGCAAUGCAUGCAUUGGAUGACCUGGUGGAGGGACGGAGUGGGGUCGCUUCAUGUACAGUACAAUAGUUAGUAACGAUACCACGGGGCAGCUCC